GCAACGUACCAUAGUACCUCAUUCACGGAUCAUAACCGAGAAUUUACCGGAAAUUGAGCAUCUUUUUGCUUGGAACUCGGAAGCUUUCAAGGAUCUGCGAACCCAAAAAGUCGUUGUCGCAGACCUCAAAUCGCCCAUUGUCGACGGCAUCGCCCUUAAAAUGUUCUCAAGAUCGGCUCUCUCUAGAGGUGCCCAGCUUGCUGCACGUAGGCAAGGCUGUUCGCAGCUUGCUCAGCGUCGAGGUUACGCUGCCGCCGCAUCCUCUGCUCCGUCCGCAUUGACAUAUGAUACUGCCGAAGUUGCUGGUAUCAAGGUCGCUACCAGAGACUCCCAUGGCCCGACUACGAAACUCGCUGUAGUCGCCAAGGCAGGUACUAGGUAUCAGCCAGUCCCCGGCUUGACUGUCGGUUUGGAGGAGUUCGCUUUCAAGAACACCACAAAGCGAUCGGCUCUACGUAUCGUCCGCGAAGCCGAACUUCUAGGAGGUCAAUUACUCGCAUAUCACACUCGAGAGGCACUAGUUAUCGAGGCGAGCUUUUUGCGAGAAGAUCUCCCCUACUUUACCGAACUGCUGGCAGAGGUUAUCAGUGAAACUAAGUACACCACGUUCGAAUUCCACGAGGAUGUCGAGAGAGUUAUGAAGGUGAAGCAGUCUAAGCUCGCCCACGAUGUUUCCGCUCUCGCUCUCGAUUCGGCACACUCGGUCGCCUUUCACCGUGGCCUUGGUGCUUCCCUAUACCCGACCAGCUCAACUCCUCUAAAAAGGUUGAACGAAUACACCAUCGCCGCUUACGCGAGCGCCGCUUAUAGUAAGCCCAAUAUCGCGUUAAUCGGAGACGGUGCUGCGACUACUGCUCUGCAUAAGUGGACGGAACAGUUCUUUAAGAACGUACGUGCAACAAAGCCCGAAGGUGUUAAACUCUACACGGAACCUACGGCGUAUUACGGUGGUGAGACGCGCAUAAGUCACACAGGUGGAAACUCAUUGGUUAUCGCAUUCCCCGGUUCUAGCUUCAAUGCCUUCAAGCCCGAAGUUGCAGUUUUGGCCGCAUUGCUUGGUGGCCAACCAAACGUGAAAUGGUCAUCAGGUUUCACCCUCCUGUCUAAGGCUGCGGCUUCGACUGGAGUAGCUGCCUCGGGAACUAACCUCGCCUACUCUGAUGCUGGCCUACUAGCCAUCCAGAUCACCGGAGCUGCGGAUUCAGUUCGCGCUGCCGGUGCAGAGGCCGUCAAGGCCCUUAAGGGCAUCGCCGAGGGAACCGUGAGCAAGGAAGACCUGACCAAGGCAAUUGCCAAGGCGAAGUUCGACGCUUUGGAGGGUAGCCAGUCUGGCGUGUCGACCCUCCUGUCUGCCGGUUCGGGUAUCAUCCACACUGGCAAGCCUUUCCAGAUUGCCGAAACCGUCCAGUCGAUCAACGGUGUCACGGCGGACAAGCUCAAAACUACCGCAAAGUCUCUAAUCGAUGGUAAGGCUUCGGUAGCGGCAGUUGGUGACCUUCACGCAUUACCAUUUGCGGAGGAGCUUGGACUGAAGGUAUAGACAGGGAAAUCGGGAAACAAAAGUGUACCAACAGAUCAACCCGCUGCUGUAGAGUCAAGUUACCUCUGUGCAUAUAAUAAAUCCCCUAGAAUUUUCUUUGAAAUUUUGAGUACCUAUCCAGGUACAUACUGUAUUACCUACUAUAUCUACCGAAGUAGUGUGUUCAUUGACAUACACACUCCAUGAUUUUUUUCUAGAGUAUAUAUAUACUAUAGACUACGAAAGAAUUAUAUAAUGUCCUCAAUAGGUCUCAUGAGCAGGGACGUAGGAUAUAGCGGUAUAUGUAGG